ACAAACGUUUUCCUAAAGAUGCCGAGCUAAAGAGUGUGUAUAUGUGUGUGUAUGUGUGUGUGAGAGAGAGAUAUAUAUAUGACACUGUAUGUAUAUGUCUCUACGCCGAGAUUCUGUGGACUACAGGAACUGUGUGGCUCGGAUUUCACCCAUAGUCUGAAAUUCCUGAUUUUAUAGUGCUGACUGGAGCAGUGGAGCGUCAGUCUCGAUCGCAGCGAUGGCCGUGCAAGCUAGCCUGCAGGCUUGGUUUGGAGAGAAGUUUGAAUCACCGGUGCAAAGCCUACGCUCACCUCUCACUCCGCGUAUCGGCCCUGGCCUCGCAGACGUUUUCCAGUACGACCAGUGGCUUGCUGUACGACAUGAAGCCUCACUUUUCCCCAUGCAGGAAGACCUCUCCAUCUGGCUCACGGACCUUCUCGGUGAAGAGGUGAAGGCCGAGGACUUCAUGGAGGAGUUGGAUAACGGCGUAAAGCUGUGUCGACUUGCUGAAAUCCUGCAGAGCAAAAUUCCUAACGACUUUCUCCUGGACAAGAGUCGGCGGUAUCCUAUGAAGAAAGUGGCAUUUAAGAAAACCGCUUCUCCAGGGUCAUUUUUCGCCCGGGACAACACGGCGAACUUCCUGUCGUGGUGCCGUCAAAUCGGAGUAGACGACACGUAUUUGUUCGAGUCAGAGGGCUUGGUUCUACACAAGAACCCUCGACAAGUCUGCCUGUGUUUGUUGGAGCUUGGCCGCAUUAUCUCCAAGUACGGGGUUGAACCCCCUGCAUUGGUGAAGCUGGAGAAGGAGAUCGAAUUGGAAGAAUCUCUGCUAAUAGCAGGCGAUCCUGCCCCUCCCAUCAAAACCUUUACCGUGUGCUGCCAACAUGGAGGCCUCCAUCAUGCUGACUCUGACUCAGAUGACCCUCCCUGUAAUUGCUCACAGAGGUUUUCUAUCGAGUACUUGGCAGAGGGACGUUACAGGCUGGGUGAAAAGAUCCUCUUCAUUAGGAUGCUGCAUGGAAAGCAUGUGAUGGUGCGUGUGGGUGGGGGAUGGGACACGCUAAAGGGUUUCCUGAUGAAGAAUGACCCCGAUCGUGUGCUGCAGUUCACCACUCUUGAGCAGAAGAUUCUGGCAUUUCAGAAAGGCUUGUCUGUCCCAGACUCCGUCCUCAGCACACAGACUGCCCAGCCACCCACCAUGGACCCUCUCGCUGCUGUCAACCUUCUCUCAUCCUCCUCAAGCACUUCCUCCUCAACUUCUAUGGCACCCGGUAAACCUAGCACGCCCGCCUCUGGCUCAGUUACGCCACGAGGUGUUGCCCAAUCUCCAGUCUGCACUCCCUCCCUUCUAAGGAAAGCAGCAGCUCCGAAAAAGAAACUUCAAAUGCCCAGUGUCUCUCCCAAGACCCUGGGACCUCUAACACUACAAAAGACCUCUAACACUACAAAAAAGGUACCUUUACUCAAACCUUCACCACCAGUGGUCAUGUCCCAGAAAUUGCCUCUUGCCCUCUCCGACCGGAAGCAACGCCCGCGUGGUGCUCCCUCUCAGCCACGUAGUCCUGUGUGCCCAGAGCCCACCUGCAAACAAGCCAAGCCAUCUUCCACCCUGGUCAGAAGUGCUUCUCAGCGAGACGGCCGGCCACCUCGAGCGCCUCAUCGCACUCGACUUGCCCCGAGACGCCCCUCCUCCCCAGCAGCCACACGUUUGCAAGUGGACACGAAAAAGGGGCGCCCCAUUUCCCCUCGACCAGCAGGCUUGGCAAAGACUCCCAAAGAGACUAAGCCCUUGGUUGCAAAAGGUUCCCAAGAGCCCAAACCUCCAGUAGCAAAAACUCGAGAGGUCAGACCCUCACCAGUGAUUACCAAACCCAGAAGUCAAAUCUCAAUUCCUGCUACACAAGUUUCUAAAUUUCCUCACCCAUCCAGGACCAAAAAUCCAGGAGGACCAUCUGUUACAGGGCCCAGAGCUCCACAGACUGCACAGACACCCAGCACCAAAUCCACACUCACUACAGACAGAAAAGCCCAAAUCAGCAGCAGCAACAGUACCAGUAGUAGUAGGCCUCUCAAAACGAACUCCUCUCAGGUCAAAACGGUUAAACCGCCACCCAGUGCCGCCCAAAAGAAACCAGCAAACCGAACUGUGGCUUCUAAAAAAGCAGAGGAGCCCUACUUUGAGAUGAGCAGUAAAAAGAAGAGGUGAACAUACUGCUAACCUUGAGUGUUUUCCCCCCCUCUGUUGUGCUGGUAGUGGUUUUUGACUUUUUCCCCUUGGUGUAGCACUUUAUGGUACAGGCCCGAGGCAUCAGCCUCACACUAUGAACACAGUUUGUUUAACAGCAAUAUUUCUAGUUUCGGAAGUGUUCAAUUUUUUUUUUUUUUUUUUUUUUACAUGUUUUAUAAUUUAUUUGGUCUAUUUUUAUUUGUGUCAUAAGCGUCCUAUACAGAAAAAAGGGUCAAGAGAUAAAGUCUCUGGUCUAUUUUAAGUAUCUCUUAACCUCGUCAUUGAACAGAGAGAGUCUCAUGUUUGUACCAGCGUAACUUUUACUUUAACCCGAGUAACAUGAAUCACAGUAAUCGAGGCGUUGGAAUUGAAACUGAGUAACACACCAAUCAAGACAUUUCUGAUUCAGUUUAGCAUUCUUGAUGAAAUGACACGUAGAUUUAUAAUACUGUUUAUGGGAAUAUCAUGUGUAAUCCUUUAUGAUAUUCAGGAAUGCAUCUUUGUAUUCAUGUGUGUUAAAAACAAUAAUGGUUAAAGAUUUAGGAGUUAAUUAUCUGUCUGGGUAUUUUCUUAGAAGUAGAAAUUGCAUACUUUUUUUUUUAACAUGAUAAUGUAAACCUAUAGAGAGCUCUUGCAGGUAUCGUGACUAGCCAGUUGCUUUUUUUUAUUUUCUUUUUAUUAGGAACUACCUCUACAAGUGCAUAUAAAUUACCAUGUGUACUGCUGAUUGAGUGAAGCUCAUACUGAUCAAAAUUAAUGUCAGAAUUACUGGUUUUCUUUUUUUUAAAUUAUUUACAGCACAAACCAAACCUGUGUUUUUUUUUUUUUUGUUUUUUUUUUAAACUUGCCUAUACUUUAUAUUUGUUGUCUUGUGUCCAGAUGUGAAUGUCUGAUUCUUUCUGUAAAUAUUUAUAUUACAGCACUUUACACGGGUUAUUUUAAAAUGUAGACUUUCUUUAACAUCCUGUAAAUUGUGACCAUAAAUUUUUCUGUCUAAUAAAAAUACCUUUGAUUAA